GAGCCCCCGGCCAAGAAGAUAAAAGCUGCCCCGCCAAGCUGUCGACCACUGACGUGGUUGUUAUUGUGGAUGAGGGGCACGCCUCUGCCCCCACCUCUCAGGAGCACAUCAACCAAGAGUUCUUUGGGCGGGAGAAACUGGAGGCGAUAAUGCCGAAGGGGGCUUCUGUACUGGAGGGUAGCCUGAACCCCUCGGCGCUGAUGAGCCAGAUGCUGCCAUCGGCUGAUCGCUUGGCCCUCGCCAGACUGGACGAGAGCUCCCUCGAGGCGAAGAUCCUUCUGAACACUGCCUCCAGCUUCAUGGGCCUCUGUGAGCACCUUCGAAGGGUGGAGCAGAUGAAGGAGGCGAAGGGCGCAGCCGAAGGGGAGGCUGCCCUCCUUAGGAAGAAGCUUACCGAGGUCGAGGAUUCUCUCCGCCUAGCCACCGACAGCAUGGAGCAGCGGGUGCAAGCUGCGAGGGCUGAGGGGAUGAAUGAGGGCCUGGCCAAGGCCGGGGAGGCUGCUGCAGAGGCCGCCCGCAUCGCUGCUGAGGAAGCCCACGCGGAUCAAGAAGAGGUCGUCUCCAGGGCCCGGGAGGAUGCUUUGACCGGCUUUACUGCCGAGGGGUGGAAAGCUGAAGAUCAGAAGGAGUGGCUCUCCUCGGUGGUGGGGGCUUCGGUGGAUGACUGGGUUGGAGGCCCCGGCAAGAUGUGGCUUGCUGAGAAGGGCGAUUCCUACUACCAAGGCGGGGAGUUCUUCACCCAACGCCUCAUAUACCGGAAGCUCGCGAGGCACUUCAAGGUCUCACCGGAGGAGUUCCAGCCCGAGGCUUAUGGCCUCCCCCCUCGGCAGCCAGACGUCAGGAUCCUGCUCCCCGAAGGCAAAGAGAGACCGGUGCUUGAAGACUCGGAGACUCUGAGGGAGUGCGGCCUCGGGGGUGAUGGGGAUGAGGCCGAAAGCGAGGCUAUCUCCACAGCUGUCGAAGGGGGCGAUGUUGUAGCUCCCCCUCUGUAAAAUGUAUUCCC